AUGAUGGUACUGGGGAAGGUCGCAACUCCCAGCGCGUUAGGGGCCAGCAAGAGCGGGAAGCUGGUCGUGCCGAAGCCGGUUAACCUGCCGUCGCUGCGACGGGAGCACGCGGGCAACGAUCCGUCCGUUUCGCUUGUUCCGGCAAGCAGCACAGUCUCAGGAUGGCAGAGGCCCCCAGGAGGGAAGCCAAACGGAGAAGGGACGUCUGCAGCUACUCCUUCACUAUCAGGAUCUUCAUCAGCAUCAGCGACAGCAGCAACAGCAGCAGCGGCAGCAGCAGCAGCAGCAUCCGCAGCAGGAUUAUCAGCCGCAGUUCGUUCGUCAGGUGCGACACACGAGGCGCGACGGUGCGUCUCGCUCUCCCCUCCUCCUCAAGGUUUCGAUUUCCCGCCGAUUUCAGCAGCAGCGGCAGCGGCGGUUUCUGUAGCCGAGCCGAAUCGCGCCUCCUCGGCGCACCGACCUGGGGUAUACCAACCACCAGGCUCACGUGGCGGUAGCAGUGCCACGUCAGCUUCCACGUCAGCUGUCUCGGCAGUUGGCAGCACCAGCGUUGUUUUACGCGGGGAAGAUUUCCCCUCGCUGGAUGAUGCGACGAAGAAGCCACCAAGCGGUGUUACAGCAAGCGUCGGACGCGGUAAGGAGCAACAGAGCAAGAAGAAGACGAAGGCGUUAGAGGCUAAUAACGGGGAUGAGCUGGCGCGAUCGGCGCAGGAGCGCGGCGGAGGGGACGAGGCAGGUCGAGCGACGGAACGGUCCCAGGGUAACGAUGCGGCGACGAAACGGGUUACCAGUGGGCGAUGGGGUGACGAAGAGUCGGAUCACGAGCAGAACGAACGAGAUCCUCUGUCCGGAUCACAGCCUAACAAGGCGCCGGAGUUGAUUUCCAGGGAUCAAGGCGGCGAUGCUUCUGGCGAUUCCGCUACUUUUGGUACGGACAGGAUGGACAGACAUCCCCGUUAUAAGGAGAACGAGAGACCGACCAGGCAUGGCGAUGGCAUGCUUCCGCCGAAUCGGUUCGGUCCGCCACCCGGGGGAGGCUUCCGCCGACCUUCCCCCCCGCGCAGAGCAUGGGCGGACGAUGAGCGUGACCUUGCGCCACCCCAACCCUAUCCGCCUCCUGGGGGAAGACUGCCUUUUCCGCACAGAUUCGACGGUCCGAGGGGUCACUUCGACGGUUAUGGUCCCCCCAUGGGUGGAGACCCGGGGGGGUUUCAUGCUAACGGAUGGGAUUCUAGAGAGGGCUUCCGCGAUUAUGGUCCGAGAAAUGGCGCUAGGGAGUGGCACGGGGAUCCGCGGCACGGCGAGGCGGCCAUGUGGCGCAGGGAGGACGCGCACGGAUGGGCGGAACGGCCUCCCGCGGGGAGAGGCGGAAGAGGGCCGGGACCAGGGCCCCCAGGACCCCCAGGCCCCCCGGGUCCGCCGGGUCCGCCAGGCCCCCCGCCCCACCCAGGCCUCCCAGGUCCCCCGGGUCCCCCAGAUCCCCGAGGCCCCCCGGGACAAGCGGGACGGCCAGGGCCGUUAGGUCCGCCGGGGCCGCCGGGACUGCUAGGGGCGCCGGGGUCAGGAGCAGCAGGGGGGCCACCAGGGCCGCCUUUCCCGGGUGAGUAUGAGCGCAUUGGGCUUGGUAUGUUGGGGCAGCUGAGGCGGAAGAAACUGGAGGGCGAGGGUGGGCGGUCGGAGUUUCGAGAUGUGGAAAGAGAGAGGUUUGAAGCGGAGCUGGAGAUGCUGCAGUCGCAGAAGGAUAAGGAGAAGGUGAGGAAGGAGGAGGAGGAGCAGCGGGCGGCGGAGGUGGCGAGGCAGCAGCGGGAGGAGGCGGUGAGGAGGGGAAGAGAGGAGGAGGAGAGGAGGCGUAGGGUGGAGGAAGGGGAGAGGGAGGCGGCGAGGAGGGUUGCGGUGGAGGAGGAGGAGGCGGUGAGACGGGUGGAGGAGGAGAGGAGGCGAGUGCAGGAGGAGAAGCGGAAAAUUCAGGAGGAGGAGGAGAGGAGGAAGGAGAACGCGAGAAGGAAGUUGGUUGAGUUGGAGGAGCGGAUUGCAAGGAGGAAGGCUGAGGAGGAGGAGAGGAAGAGGGGGGAGGAGGGGAAAGAGGGGGAGGAGCGAAAGGGAGCAGAGGAGCGGUGCGGGGUGCUGACUGGUGCUGGGCUGGAGCAGCAGGGUGGGGCCUCGGUGAGUGGUGCGAAGUUGAGUCUUGAGGAAAAGGGUGCGGUGCUUGGGGAGGGCCGAGAACGUGAGGGGCAGGGACAGGGGCAGGAGCAGGGGCAGAGCCAGGCGCAGGGGCAGGGGCAGCAUGAACAGAAAGGAAAAGUCGCGCCAGAAUGUUCUCAAGAGGAAGAAGGAGCUGCAAUUGGGGCUAAACCUGCUGGUCGUGACGGUGGCAGCAUCCAGGAAACUUCUGAGUCGACUCAAGAGGCUGCAGCUGCUGGUUGUGAGGGUGAGAGCCGUCAAGAGAUUGUAGAUAAGGACGAGAAGAAUGGAACCGUUGAUUACGUGGCAAAAGGUGACACGUGGGAAGAUGGCGAGGGGGUUCGUGCGCAGCAGCAGAUGCCGCAGAAGGAGCAGCAGGAGCUGCAGCAGCAGCAGCAGCAGCAGCAGCAGCAGCAGGUGGGGCCUGUGGCUGGGUCCGCCGCUGCCCCACCGCUCUAUCACACGAGUGCGGAUGCGAGGCAAAAAGGAAUGGGCGAGAGGCAGCAAGACGCGAGUCAGCAAGGCAACCACGCAAGUACUCAGCGUUUCUUUGACCCUAGUGUUCGCACGGAAGGGCCUUCAGCUGGGAAGUAUGCGGGUGGUGAGGCUCAUAUGAAAGGUGAAGGCUCAGACCGGGCCGGGUUUGGAUUUUCGCCGUGGAAUCAGCAUCAGCUGCAGCAGUACCAGCAGCAGCAGCAGCAGCAGCAGCAGCAGCAGCAGCAGCAGCAGCAGCAGCAGCAGCAGCAGCAGCAGCAGCAGCAGCAGCAGCAGCAGCAGCAGCAGCAGCAGCAGCAGCAGCAGCAGGUGCAGGGGAUUUCGUUUCCUGCGUACGGAUUUCCUGGCCCAGGCCCUAUCUUGCGCUCCCAUCAGUUCGCCCCACCUUAUCCUCACUUUCCUGCAAUGCAGCAGCAGCAUGUGCACCCCCAACCCUUCCACCAGCCUUUCCCGGGGCAGCAGCAGCAACAACAGCAACAGCAGCAGCAGCAGCAGCAGCAGCAACAGCAGCAGCAGCAGCCACCGUUGCUGCACCGGCCGCCUGGGCUUGCUCCUGGGUUUCUCGCCCAUGGGAAUGCUGGCCGCGGCUUUGCCUCGUUUUCUGACAAUACCCCAGCAGUGGGAGCAGUGGGGCAAGUGGGGGCAAGUUCAGUGGGUACUGUGAACUCAGUUUCAGCCGGAGGAGGAGCAGGGGGUGGAGCAGGAGGAAGAGGAGCAGCAGCAGGAGGAAGGGAAAGUGGUGGUGUGGCAGCGGGCAGGGCGGGGCACCAAAGAAAGGAAGAGUUUGGAGGGAGAGAAAUUGGUGGUGGGAGAGAGGCGGGCAGUGGGAAAGAGGUGGGCAGUCAGGGACAGAAACAGUUCGCAGAGAUGGGAAAUGGUGGUGGGGUGGUGGGGAGAGACAGUCGAUGGGGAGAGUCUGGGUCCGGGCAGUAUCUGGAAUGGAGACGGAUCGGACCUGAACCUGCUCCAGGUAUGUUUCUCGGGCAGGCUCGGCAGCCCGGAGCAGAGCAGUGGCAAGGGCGGGCUGGUUUCGGGCAGGAGGAAAUUUCUGGUGGAUCGGGACGGGCAGACGGGCGAAAUUGGGCGAAUCAACUGAAUGGAGUAGGAGGGGGGGAUGGGCAUGGGAGGAGAGGAGAGAUGGGGCAGCAGAUAUGCAAUUUAGGGUUGCAGGUGGGGAAGGGUGAGGGAGAAGGGCGGGCAGAGGGGAGGGAGAGGGGAGUGAUGGGCGGGAUGGGCGUCGAGCAUGAUUCGGAAAUGAGUGAAUCUGAAAGUCUUCCUGCCGAUGUGGUGAAUGAGUUGGGGGCGCUGCUGUCUGAUCGAGACGAGGGUAUGUCUGAUAGAGAGGAGGGGAUGGUGGGAAUGGGUGAUCAUGAGCGGGAGGGGAUGGGGGAGAUGGGUAGAGAAGCUAAAGAGAGGGUGGGGGAGAACGAAGGGCAAGCUGUGGGGCGGGGAGGGGGGGUUCAGAGGAAGGGGAGGGAGCAACUGAGGCAGGGAGAAUUAGAGGGAGGUAGGAUUGAGGGAGGGGCAGAAGGAGACGUUUCGGGGAUAGCAGCAGCGGCAGCAACACAACCAGCAGCAGCAGCUGCAGCUGCGGCAGCAGCAAUGGCGGGGCCAGCUGUAGGGGUUAGCAGUAGUAGGGGGGCAAGGGGAGGAAGGGGAGUGAGGGGUGGUCAUGCAGGGGGGCAGGUUGGGCAGGCACAAGGGCAGGGACAAGGACAGGUGCAAGCAACCCCAUCACAUGGCCGUGGAAAAGGCAGGGAUGGGUUUACCACCACCCCUUUGGUGCCUGGAUUGACUGCUCGACCUGGACUUGCAGCCUCGGCUGUUGGUGCGGUAAAUGGUCCGGUAACAGGUUCGGCUGUAGCUCCGGCGGCUGGUUCGGUAGCAGGCAUGACUCCUGCUUGGUUCGUUGCUCAGGGCGUGAGGGUUCAGGAGGGGAGAGCUGGACAGUAUCUGGAGGUGCAAGGAGCAGGCUAUUCUGAGAUUAGAGGGAGUGAUGGUGUGGUGGUGAGAACGAGGAUUGGAGGGAGGGGAGGAGGCGGGGAUAGGAGGAGGGGUGGCGGAAGGGGGAGAGGGGGAGAUGUGGUGGGAAGGCAGGUGGGGGAGAGAGGAGGGAAGGGAGGGGAGAGUGGGGGGAAGAGAGAGGAGGUGGGUGUGAGAGUCCAGGUUGUGACCGUACUGCAGGGUGAUAGUAAGGGAGUGGGUGGGGCCUGUGAUGAAGCUCAGGUGAAGCAGGCAGCUGUAGCUGAAACUGUAGCCAAAACUGUUGUUGAGAUUGUAACUGAAACUGUAGCUGAAACCUCAGCUGAAACUGUGGCAGAAACUGAAGUGAAAAGUGCAGCUGAAACCGUUGCUAAAGCUGAAGCUGAUGCCGCUGACGGUGUAAGUGGGUUGCUGCAGCCUGGGUCCUCACCUGGGCGGUCUGCUGGGUCUGCUGGGGGAACAAAGCCUCUGGCAGGUGCUGAGAGUGACGUGGCUUCAGGUGCUUCUUCAGGUGUUUUUUCAGGUGGUUCAGACAGUGGCGUGUCUGAGGUGGAAGGGGCGUAUGAGAGUGCGGAGGGGUCUGAAGGGGAGGAGGAGAGUGGGGAGCAUGAGGCCGGGAGGACAGAAGAGAGGGGGCAGCAGGAGAAGGAGCUGAAACAGGAAGGCAAGGAGGUAAAAGGGGCGGCGGAUGGGGCGAGGGAGGGGGAGGGGGAGGGGGGAGGGGGAGGGGAAGGGAAGUGCAGAGUUGCAGGCUGGUUCAGAGGGGAAAGUAAUGCAUCAGUGCGGGCAGCAGACGGAUCAGAAGGACCAGAAGAAACCGAAGGGCCGUUGGUGGGAGCUAAGUCACAGGCAGCCUCCAGUGCAGCAACAGCUGAUGAUUCUGGUGCUUCACCUGCUGCUGCUGCUGGUCUGGGUGUGGAUGUGUCCGCCUCAGCAACUGUAGCAGCAGUAGCAGGAGAAGAAGACACAGCAGCUGCAGCAGUGAAAGACGAGUCUAAGAAGGCUGCAGCGGGUGGUUCUGCUCCAGCUGCUACAGCAGGAGGUUCCCUAGUGGAACCACGCGCAGGGUCUAGGGGCAGAGAGAGGAAGGGGAAGAAUUCGGGUGUGGGCAGGGAAGGGGCAGGAGAAGGGUUGACUGGGCAGCAGGGCAGCAAGCAGCGGGCAGGCGUGAGGACAGAGACCCCUGAAUCUGGCGCUGGUGCUGGCGACAGCAAGAGCAGUGGAAGCAAGGAGGAGAGAAGAGAGGGGGGGCGUGGGCAUACGAAGCUUGACUGGCUAGUUUCGAGGCUGGAGAGUUUAGGGGAUUCAGAGUUCGGGCAGGUGGGUCAGCCCAUGCAAGCAGGCAUUUCCCUGUCAAAUUUCGGGCAGGUUGGAGGAACGGGGCAGGAAGGAUUGGGGCAGGUAGGAGUGGGGCAGGCGGGUAUGGGUUUUCCUGUGUCACAGUAUGGCCAAGGGGUAUAUAAUCAGCAGCAGCAGCAGCAGCAGCAGCAGCAGAGCGUGCAUGAUGGUUCGGCAGUGAUGGCACCCAGUCAGCAGCCACCUCAUUCACAGGUGUCACAACAGCAUCCCUUACAGCAGCAGUCCAUGCCUUACCUCUGGCCACACCUUCCCCAGUUUCCACCUCCCCCUGUGGGCCCUGCACUACCUCCCCCCCCCAUGGGUCCCUCCCUCCUUCCGUUCCCUCCUCCUGCUCUUUUCUCCUCCCAACACCUUCAACCCCAACCCAAUCAACAGUCGCUCGCAGCAGCGCCGCCCCUGCUUUCCCAUACCAGCGCCCCAGCUUCGGCUACCUUGACUUCAUCCUCUGUGCCGCACUCAAGCGCCCAGUCCCUCUCCUCUCGCCGCCCGCACACACAUGCUCAGCAUGCCGCUCCUUCCCUGCAGCCGAUCCCUUACCGUGGGCCUGUGCUUGGGGUGCCAGGGCAGCAUCAGACUGGGGUGGUGGUGCAAGGGAGCAUGGCAGGAGCAGCAGCACAGACAAUGGCACAGCCAGCAGGAGUGGGGAUGGUAGGAGCGGGUGGUUUGCCCGUUUCCCUUCCCAAUGUCUACCUUUCACAGCUUGGGCCUGUACCUGUAGGAAUGGCAGGAGGUAUGGCAGGAGGAGUGGCAGCCUCACAGCGGUAUGGAAAUAGGUUUGGCGGAGGCUCGGACCAAGGCAUGGGCUACUACCAAGGCAGGCCUGCUGGCCCGGCUCGUAAGGCUCAGCCUCAGGAGGGCGCGAAGAGCCACGUGCGGCGGGAUCUGCUGCUGCAGAUUCAGGCGGCCGUGCAGAAGCAGUGGGAGGAGGAGAAGGUCUUUGAGGCCGCGGCCAAGGAGGGAGCCGCUGCUGGGUCUGGCCCUCGUGAUGACCGCUUCUUUGGCAACUUCCCCUACCCCUACAUGAACGGGCUGCUGCAUUUGGGUCACGCGUUCACUCUUUCUAAGGUGGAGUUCGCAGCGUCGUACCACCGGCUGAGGGGAGCUAAUGUGUUGUUCCCCUUCGGCUUCCACUGCACUGGCAUGCCCAUCAAGGCGUGUGCGGACAAGCUAGCGCGUGAGAUGGACACGUAUGGCUACCCGCCCCAGUUCCCCAGCGAGGAGGAGUCGGCAGCUCUGGAGGCCCUCUCUAUUGCGGAGGGGAGUGCUGCUGCAGAGGGGGGGGCUGGGGCGGCCGCGGACGGGGCUAAGGGAGAGGAGCAGAAGGCCCCUGGGCAGUUCAAGGGGAAGAAGUCCAAGGCGGCUGCCAAGACAGGGACGGCCAAGUACCAGUGGGAGAUCAUGCGGUCUAUGGGCAUGUCAGACGAGGAGAUCAAGCCCUUCAAAGACCCUGCACACUGGCUCACCUACUUUCCCCCUAUCGCUGUGGACGAUCUCAAGGCGUUUGGGCUGGGAGUGGACUGGCGCCGUUCCUUCAUCACCACGGACAUGAACCCCUACUAUGACUCGUUCGCUCGCUGGCACCUGCAGUCGCUGUACAACAAGGGCAAGGUGGUGAAGGACCGCCGCUACACCAUCUUCUCGCCGCUGGACGGCCAGCCUUGUGCCGACCAUGACAGGGCGUCAGGGGAGGGAGUGCUGCCCCAGGAGUACACGCUCAUCAAGAUGCAAGUGGUGCCGCCGCUCACAGGAAAGCUCGAGGCUCUUGCGGGCAGAAAUGUUUUCCUCGCCGCUGCCACACUGCGCCCGGAGACCAUGUAUGGGCAGACAAACGCUUGGGUGCUGCCCGACGGGCAGUAUGGCGCGUUUGAAGUGAACGAAGCUGGAGAUGUGUUUGUGGUGACCAAGCGAUCAGCUCUCAACCUCUCCUACCAGUUCCACUCCAAGGAGUUUGGCAAGCCGCAUUGCCUGCUGGAGCUGACGGGGCAUGACCUGAUAGGGCUGCCUCUCAAG